AUGAGUUCCUCGGAAGAUGAUACCCCGCUCGUUAAGACAAAUGGUCGUUCUGCAGGCCCCGUUACGGACAUGAAGAUGGAUAACACCCCCGAGACUAACGGCCAUGUGGACCCGGGCGUAUCCCUCCGUUUUGGCCCUGUGAAGAGCGUGGGAGAUGUGGAGAUGAAAGAUGCUGCAGAUGCCCACGCAGGUCUGGCUGGCAAGAGGAAGGUGCGGACGAGUGUUGGUCAGAGAAAAUCCUAUGCAGAACCGGAGAGCAGCGAGGAGGAAGAUCAGCCUUUGAGCAAGCGCCGUCGCACAUCCGUGAAGCAUGAAGAUCCUGAGACGGAUGAAGACGUGCCCCUUGCGCUCAAUGGAAGAAAACUUCCUAAGGCUUCGGAGACUCGUAUUGGUGCCGAAGAAUCCGACUCCGAUGUUCCGAUCGAACGGAAGCUCGCGUCGGAAAAACUGAGAAUCCAGCAAAAGGCUGAGAAGGAAGCCAAGGUGGCUCGAAAGAGCGAAGCAGCGCAAGCGACUAAGACCACUGCUGCCGCGAAGAGGAAGCAGGUCAAUGGAGUGAAGAAGGAGCCGGUGGAUGAAAAGAAACCGGUCGCUAAGAAGGCCUCCAGACCGACCAAGACCGAGACUGCAGCCUCCGCCAGGAACGGAAAAGCAAAGGCGACUCCAGUAAAGAAGGAGGAAAGCGAAGAAGUCGAAGAAGGUGAGGAAGAAGAAGAAGAGUACAGGUGGUGGGACGAUCCGACCAAGGGUGAUGGCACCAUCAAGUGGACCACCCUAGAACAUAAUGGUGUUGUUUUCCCUCCUCCCUAUGAACCUUUACCACAGGAUGUCAAGAUGAAAUACGAUGGUAUUCCGGUCACCCUUCACCCCGAAGCCGAAGAAGUGGCGGGAUUCUUCGGCAGCAUGCUGAACGCGACUCAGCAUGUGGAAAAUCCGACCUUCCAAAAGAAUUUUUUCUCGGAUUUUAAGGACAUCCUGAAGAAGACAGGCGGCGCGAAAGACCCUAAAGGCAACAAAAUCGAGAUCAAGGAGUUUUCGAAAUGCGACUUCCAGUCAAUCUUCGCUUAUUACGAUGCCAAGCGGAUUGAAAAGAGGAAUAUUCCUCCAGCUGAGAAGAAACGCUUGAAGGCUGAGAAAGAUGCCGCUGAAGCGCCCUAUAUGUACUGUCUCUGGGAUGGGCGCAAGCAGAAGGUUGGUAACUUCCGAGUCGAACCCCCAUCACUGUUCCGCGGCCGUGGCGAACAUCCCAAGACUGGCCGUGUCAAGGCGCGAGUCCAACCGGAACAGAUUACAAUCAACAUUGGAAAGGGCGCACCUGUGCCUCCCCCGCCUGAAGGUCAUCGCUGGAAGGAGGUCAAGCAUGAUCAAGAAGGCACAUGGCUCGCCAUGUGGCAGGAGAACAUCAAUGGCAAUUACAAAUAUGUGAUGCUUGCCGCCAAUUCAGAUGUCAAGGGUCAGAGUGAUUUUAAGAAAUUCGAGAAGGCCCGUGAACUCAAGAAACACAUCGAUCGCAUCCGCAAGGAUUAUCAGAAGAGCUUGAAACACGAGUUGAUGGUUGAACGCCAGAAGGCAACAGCUGUCUAUCUCAUUGAUCAAUUCGCUCUGCGUGCGGGUAAUGAAAAGGGUGAGGAUGAGGCUGAUACAGUCGGUUGCUGUUCUCUGAAAUACGAGAAUGUGACCCUCAAGCCUCCAAAUAAGGUCAUCUUUGAUUUCCUGGGUAAAGACAGUAUCCGAUUCUAUGACGAGGUUGAGGUCGAUGCUCAGGUCUUCAAGAAUUUGAAAAUCUUCAAGAAGGCGCCCAAGAAAGAGGGUGAUGAGAUUUUUGACAGGUUGACGACAUCCGCCCUGAACAAGCAUCUUUCUACUUACAUGCAGGGCUUGACCGCCAAGGUCUUCCGUACAUACAAUGCUUCAUAUACUAUGGCCACGCUUCUCAAGGAUAUGAAAGCCACGGGCAACAAUGCAGAGAAGGUAAAGGCAUACAACGAUGCAAAUCGCAGAGUUGCCAUCCUUUGCAACCACAAGCGGACCGUUACCGCGUCACAUGCCAAUCAAAUGGAGAAGAUGAGCGAACGUAUUAAAGGGCUGCGUUACCAGAGAUGGCGGCUAAAGCAGCAGAUGCUCAACCUGGAGCCCACUCUCAAGAAGAAGAAGGGUGCCAAAUUCUUCGAGAUGGAUGAGGACAUGGACAUGGACUGGGUCAAGGAGCACCAGGCCUUCCUGCUCGAAGAGCAACAACAAAAGAUCAAGAAGAAAUUCGAGAAAGAGAAUGAGAAGCUCGCCGCGGAAGGAGAGAAAGAAAUGAAAGCCAGCGAACUCGAUAGCCGGCUCGAAGCGGUCAAGGAGAUGGAGCUCAGGUUCAAGAAGGAGAACAAAACUGGUAAAGUGGAAGCCGAGGGCAAGAGCCCAAGCGUGGCGAGGAUUGAGGCUGCCAUCACGAAGCUCGAGCAACGUAUCGAAACGAUGGAGCUCCAAGCUCAGGACAAGGAAGACAACAAAGAAGUGGCCUUGGGAACGUCCAAGAUCAACUAUAUCGACCCUCGUCUCACGGUCGUGUUCAGCAAGAAAUUCAACGUACCCAUCGAGAAAUUCUUCUCCAAAUCGCUGCGGGAGAAGUUCGAGUGGGCGAUCAAGUCCGUCGACGAAAACUGGGAAUUCUAG